AUGCCUCGAAAGUCCAAAUUGAAAUCGAAAUACAGACAGAGUGACAUUGAUCAGAUUUUCGAGAAUAAAAAACCGGAAAAUGUUGCGAAAUAUCUUCAAGAAGCGACGAAAGUUGACGAAGAUAAACCAGCUCUAGGUCAACAUUACUGUCUUCCCUGUGACAAAUAUUUUUGCAGUGCUGGUGCCCUGGAAGUGCACAAUAAACAGAAACCGCAUAAACGUCGUCUUAAAAUUCUAUACAUAGCCUUAUUUGAUGUCUGCAACAUUAUAAUUGAUAUCACGGAACCUUCUAUUUCACUCACUACUCAAUGA